GUGUGUGAGUGUGUGUGUGUGUGUGUGUAAGAGAGAGAGAGAGAGAGAAGUGGUUGUGAUACUGCUGGCGGUGGACGGGGCUUGUCUUUAUUUAGCUGGCUGGAUGUGUUGACACGCAUUUCUGCUCCAUCUCCUUGAUUAAACCGGUCGCGGCGGAGUGUGAAGCGGCAGCAGCAUUCAGGGGGGCUGGGCAGGCAAGAGGAAUGAGAUCGGACCGAGCCGCGGCAUCUUCACCAUGCAGCCGACCACAACCACCACCACCACCAGCAGCAGCCGUCCAUUUUACACAACUAUAUGAGCCUCUAAACGAGCCGAUGAGCGCCAGUUUGCUCGUAUCUUGCAGACGGACAGCAGCAGCAGCAGUGUGCGGUCCCGGUGGCGAUGACAACAUAGGCCAACGCCUCGCUGCAGCUACGUACAGGGAAUGAAAACGCUCCCAAGAUGGUCCGCAUCGCCAAGGCCCUGGGUUUGGUUAUUCUGUGCGUCGCUGUGCUCAUACUGUCGCUCAUCAGCUAUGUGUCCCUGAGAAAAGACAGCCUCUUCUCCUCCUCCAAAUAUUACAUGGGAGGACCGAGGAUUAUGUUCCAUGCAGGAUUUCGGUCUCAGUUUGCCAUGAAUUUCCUGGACCCCUCCUUCAUCCCCUUAACUAACGCCCUGAACGAGGAGCUCCAAGGAAAACCGUCCAAAUGGAAGUUCAACAAGACCGCUUUUCAUCAGCAGAGGAAGGAUAUCUUCAGCUACAUCGACAUUCCCAAAAACUUCUCCCUCACAAAGAACAGUGUGCGUGUUGGCCAGCUGAUGCACUUUGACUACUCCAGCCACAAAUAUGUGUUUUCCAUCAGCAACAACUUCAAAUCCCUGCUCCCAGACACUUCUCCUAUCCGCAAUAAGCAUUACAGCAUAUGCUCUGUGGUGGGCAACAGCGGUAUCCUGACAGGCAGCCACUGCGGGCCGGAAAUCGACCAGGCCGACUUUGUCUUCCGCUGCAACUUCGCCCCCACGGAGGUCUACUCCAAGGAUGUGGGCAGGAAGACCAACCUGACCACCUUUAACCCCAGCAUCCUGGAGAGGUACUACAAUAACCUGCUGACCAUUCAAGACCGGAAUAAUUUCUUCCUCAACCUGAAGAAGCUGGAAGGAGCCAUCCUGUGGAUCCCAGCCUUCUUUCUUCACACCUCAGCCACAGUAACCAGGACCCUGGUGGACUUCUUUGUGGAGCACAAGGGCCAGCUGAAGGUCGAGCUGGCCUGGCCAGGAAACAUCAUGCACGAUGUCAACAAAUACUGGAAGACUAAAAACCUCUCCCCCAAACGUCUUAGCACUGGAAUCCUCAUGUACACGUUGGCGUCCGCCAUGUGCGACGAGAUCCAUCUCUAUGGCUUCUGGCCCUUUGGCUGGGACCCCAAUACGGGCAAGGACCUGCCUUACCACUACUACGACAAGAAAGGGACCAAAUUCACCACCAAGUGGCAGGAGACCCACCAGCUGCCCAGCGAGUUCAAGCUGCUCUACAAGCUGCACAGGGAAGGCGUGAUUAAACUCAGCCUGACACACUGCUCUUAGACAUACAGUGAGUGUUGGAUGGUUUAAGAGGUGACUCCAGAGAUCAUUACCCAGAUACAUCAGCUCAGCUCAAACUUCUGUUGUGACCCACAAUGCAUGAUAAGUGUUAAGGCAACACCCUCAUUCUACAAACACACACUCCACACCACGCUGUACUUACACAUGAAGAUGUCAGGCUCACUCGGGAUGUAAAUUACAGACUUAUCACAGUGUUGCUCAUUCAGUAUAUUGUUGUACGACAGUUUAGGAACCUUUAUGCUGCUCAGUUGCUUCCAUUACUCUCCUUUGCAUGGCUGCUGGCCGUGGCUAAACAGCUUGAACAGAACAAAUGUCUAUUUUAUCUGGAGUCCGCAGGGGAUUUAGUUGUGGGAACACAAACAGUUAAAUCUUCCAGUUCUGUUUAACACAUUAUUGAUUGAUUAAUCGCCUUUUACAACAGUAUACUGAUUCUGUACACUGAAAUCACUGCCUAAUCUCAGGGAAGGAGUUAGAUCAGUGUUUUUUUGUAAUCAGAUUCAAUGCCUCAAGAGAGGUGCAGUUCCUGUUUUCAGGCCUUUUUCCCCCCAUGAGGUGUCAGACAAUCUGCACUGCUCUGAAAGAUGGUAUUUGUUUACAAGACUGUACUCUCUCUCUUUCUCUCUCUCUCUCUCUAUAUAUAUACACAUAUAUACUUGUGUGUCUUUUAUUCUCUGUCUGUUCUCUGACAGUGUGACUGUCCACUUCAAAUUUUGUUGAGAUUCUUGAAAUUUUUGGAAUAACAAUCAACAUUCCAACAAUAAGCCAUAGAUUCAUGGACAGACGAUAGUGUGUUGUCCUUACAAUACUGAAUUUUAGAAAGUGGUAUCGGCCUACAUUAGGUUCUGAGACUAAGACAUUUGAAAUAUUGUCCACCGAGACUACAAGUCUAGAGCCAUGCUAGUGGCUACAUUGGAGUCACAGGGCUUUGAUUUCCCCAAAAAAUAAAUACUUUGCGAUCUUAGGCAAACUCAAAAUGUCAUUUAACAAACUUACAGCUGUUCUGAAGGUAUUUUAUAUUUAUUAUUUAGUCCGCUGCAGGAUAAGAAAAAUAUUUUUAAUCUGUUUCCAAAUUUGCUACUCUAUUUUCCUAUCCAGGAAGCUGGAAAUUACAUAUCUCCUUGCCCUUUUGCAACAUGAGAAACAUUUUGUAUUUUGUUGGAAAUUUGUUGGAAAUUUUUAUCAAUGAAAGACAAACAUAAGGUAUAGUAAAAUUAUUUUAAGUAAGAUCCUUACAGAAAUCUCUAAUUAAAUAGGCUACUUUCAGAACACCAGUAAAUUUAGUUCGACCACCUCCUGGGUUUGUCAAAGAUCGCAGGAUGUUUAUUUUUCAGAAAAUCAGAUACAUAGUCCUGUGACUUGAAUGUAACAAUAUAUGAGAGUCACAAACUAGGGCUGAGGUUGUAUCGGCUAUUCGUAAAUCCAUUACAAGGUUUGUGUGUAAGUCAAUUAACUACAAGCAAGUUUUAAAGUAGAAACUUACAGAAUGGUGUUGCAACCGCAUGUUGAUGACAAGACCACAAAUUGAAAUUUUGAACGUAUGAAACAAACGAGAUAUGAUAGUCGGACUUUGUUAUCUGUGGACAGAGCAAGGCUAGCUGUUUCCUAAAUUUCCAGUCUUUAUGCUAAGCUAAGCUAACUGGCUGCUGGCUCCAGCUUCAUGCUGAAUGUACAGAUGAGACUGGUAUCAAUCUUCUCAACUAACUCUUGCAAGAAAGCGAAUAACUUUCCCAAACUGUCAAAGUAUUCCUUUAAAACCCAAUAUCUUAGCUGGUAAAUACUUUAUUAGUGUAAACUGUCAUAUCCACUUCAAAAAGGUAAAAGUUUUAUGGGGGCAAGAAACUGCCAAUCCUUUAUAAAUCUAGGUAUGUCUUUGUUUUAUAUGUGGAGAAAUAUUGAUGUUUCUGAGUUAAACUAGUAUUCACUCAGCAUGAUUGGCAGAUAUCCAAUAACCUGAGUGUUCGACCAUUUAGUCUUUAAUUAACGUUACUGGCAUAACAUUUUGUAAUUAUGUAUUGUGCCUCCUAAGUUUACAUUAUUACAAAAUUCAACCCGAAUUCCAUACUAUUUCUUUUACUCUUAAACACUAAAGCUCAGGUUGGUCAGUUGGUCCAGUUAGCUGUGCAACAGUUACACCAGGCAGUUUAGCAGGCGUAUAUAUUUGGUAACUAUUUAUGUAAGAACUAUGUUUGUGUGGUGAAACCUAUUUUUAUUCAGUGAUUUGUAAAUCUCUCUCGUAAAGUUGAACUGGUGGUGACAGUAGGGACAAUUUUGCAAUUCUUACCAAAAACGUGACAAAAAAUGUUCAACCUGAGGCUACCAGACUAAGACCAUCUUGUGAACUAAAUCACAGCGGUAGCGUGGUUAAAAAAAUGUCAGGAAACACAACAUUUUGGACAGUUUCUUCAAUUAUUUAAUAUGUACCAACAACUGAUCUUGAGGUUUACCACUAUUUAAAAUUACAAAGAUACUAAAGAAGAGAAUACACUAUUUAUUACGUUUGUUGACUUGGCGAAAGUUAUUUAUUCAUCAUAUAACCAUAUCAAUUCCAAUAUUUGUGACGUAAAACCAGAGAAAUGGAUGAAUGUUAUAUGACUUACUGCAUCUUGUAUAAAGAGCAUGAUCCAUUUAAAUGGCAUUGCAUGAGAGGCACUAACAAAUCUUUUAGGCUAGUUUUAUACAACCUUUUAGAAGAUUGUUUUGAGGGUAAAAUUUUGUUCUUUGCUAUUGUUUGUAUUCCUGGUGGUGCAUUCCUUAAGAAUAUCACCAGUGUCUUUGUAUGAGAGAUGUUUGACGGCUAAAAAAAGAACCUUACUGCUAUAUUCCACAUGGGACCAAACCUCUACAGACUUAAACAUUAACAAGCUUUAUUUUUUGUAACUGUAGAUAAUCUUGGGUUCUCAAAAACGUACACUCUUGUCAUGCCAGACUGAAGCAGACUGGUGGAUGUGGGGUUCAGGACGACUGGGCCCAAACAGUGAAAGCUGGCCACAUGACCAGCUCAUGACUCUGCAACAUGUGCUUUUUCUUGCCAAUUAUGGUUUAAUACACAGAGCAACGCAGCCAUUAACACUUACCAGAUGUAGUGUGUGCUUUUGUGCUCAUUCAGAUUUAGCAUGGUUGGCAUUUGCUUGCCAUCCUGUCCGACACAAAGUGUUUUUUGUCCGUCUCCUUUGGCAAGAUUAACAUUUCAGAUAGUAAACUUUUGUGUCUUGUCUCCAAAUCAUUGCAGUCACCACAACAACCAUGAAAACUCUAUCUGAUGAAUUAAAUAGCUGAAUUUUAGACCGUUUGAUUGAUGUCAUAGAUGUAUGUAUACAUUUAAGAAUAAUUUCUGUAGUCCCUUCAUUAGGAAUGUUUUGUAGGUACACCAAAGACCAUGUGUUCAAAGGAGAAAUGUUACGUAUGCUUGAUACAGAUUGAUAUGGGAAUUUUGGAAGCUGAAUGACAACUAACAAGUAGUAUUGUAUAAGAAGUGGAAUAUCCCUUUUUUGAUGUUGAAUUUGUUGUUGAAUAUCACUUUGUGUGGCACAAAAUAAUUUAAAACUAGCUUUUAUGGCUUCAGCCAAAGUAAUGUGGUGAAAUUUAUGUGUGAAAUCCGUUAAUGUCCUCCUCUAGAUCGAUUUUUUUGAAAAAUCCACUGGCGCUGAUAUGAAUGCUGGACAUUUUCCUCCACCAAAAAGUUCCAAUGUGUAGAAUGUGUGUAAACGAUAAUGAUGCUAAUAAAGUCUGUGAAGAUUGUAGUUCCAGUCAGAAUAACAAUUUAGCCUUUUGUGCAUUACAUUUAGAUGACAAGACAGUGACAUACAUAACCUAAACAUACAAUGUCUUUAUUCCAAAUGCAGCACUAUACAGGAUUUUGUUCCAACAGCCCUUUAACAUUCUUGUAAUUGUGUUCGAUCUGCAUGGCAACUUUGUUCCAUAAUGCAUAAAAAAGCUUGGCUGCUUAUGUACAUGUCGUAUAAAAGUCAUAAAUCAUGUAAGGGACUUUGCUAUCUUGGUUGUUCUAACAAAAAUGAUCAUCCAUAUAAGAAAUGUAACCAUGUCUUAAAUGUUUUUUGAUUAUACUCCAUGAUAAAUAUACGUUAUGUGCCUGCAUAUUCCUUCCAUCAAGGCCUAAAUGUGUCAAAUAAAAACAGUAUUUUUCUCUGAUAUGA